UAGCUGCUAGGUUAAUGCAACUUUAGAAGGGUAUUUGAAGCUUCCGUUGAACACUUAAUUUAGAUUAUAGUUUUAUCAUUUCGCGGAAUACACCGUUACGCCUACCCUUGUGUGGAUUUGCGGUGUUAAUAGCAAUGGAGAAUGGUGAUAGUGAGAGGACGAGUGAAUCAGAGCCAGUUCCUCACACACAGCAGCUGUGCCGCUUCUUCUCUCACGGAAGACACUGCAAUUUUGGGAAGAAAUGUAAAUUUUUACAUGUAAGAGAUGAUGCCAGUGCUCAUGAGAAUAAAGAAAUCAGGACAUCAGGCCAGUCAGAUGUCACACCUCCAAAUUCUGAGGGCCCUGGAAAGAAUCUAGAGCAAAGGCCUCCUCCCACUAAUAACUACAGUUCUGUCCCAGUAGCUGGUAACCGUGUCUGUCGCUACUUUAUCUCUGGCCAUUGCACCAUGGAGGACAGAUGUCGCUUCUGGCAUCCACCACAGUUUCCCUCAGUGGAUGACCUGCCUGUUCCUGGCCAUCAUGCAAGACCUGCUCAGAGGAUGCCACCAGCAUCCCACUCUAACCUCCUCCGGGAGGUCAAGCUGUGUGACCUGACAGAGGAGGUCGCCAAGCAGCUGCGAGACACUGAGAUCACGCAGUUAAAGAAACGUUUUCCCAAAGACCAGCUGAUUAUUCAGGAACGAAGUGAUGGAAAAGUUACUUAUUACAGGGUGACUGUAGAGGCCACUGACCCAGACUGGCCAUUUGACCUAAAAGAAAUUGACAUCAUGGUUUGCUUCCCAGACAAUUACCCACAAGAGAUUUUCACCUUGGACAUACCAUUGGACCAGGAUCUGCCACCAGUAAUGGCAAUACAUGUAGAGCAAGCAUCCCGGGAGUGGCUUCAGGCCAAGCAUGCAACCAAUCAGCUUCUGGGAAAGGUAGAGCUGCUCUUCCGUCCUUUUCUUCGCUGGCUAGAUCGUAGUCUGGAGAGACUUUUCACUGAAGGAGCCAGGCAGUUGAAAAAAGACAUUGAUUUAGAAAAGGCUGGACUGCAGUUUAUACCAUACCAAGAGCUACAGGCAACAGUGUGUGAGAAAUCAGAGAGUUCCUCUGACACUGCUGCUGCUGUAGGUGCAGAUGAGGAUGCUGGUAAUGAAAGAAAACUGGAAAAUUCAGAACUGGAGGGAGGAAUGUUGGUGCAGCAGGGGGAUCCAGGUUGCAGUGAAGGGCAGCAGGAGGUCGCCAGUCAUUUGGUGGAGAACAUUAGGAUCAGUGAUCCUCGCAGAGGCACAGAGGUGAAGAUGCUGGGACUGAGGCUGGGAGAGAACACGGCCACUGUCGCUGCCCAUCAGGUUACAGUUUGUCUUCAGUGCAAUAGGUGUAAGGUAACUGCAGACCUGACACUCACUGGAAGGGCACCCUGCAUAGCUGAGUGUGAGAAGUGCAGUGCAAGCAUCAAUGCUGCAUUCAGGCCCUGCAUGCUCCACCAUUACAGUGAUGUCCUGGGAUAUCUAGACCUCCACAACGCUGGACCUGCUGACCUUGUGCUGCAGGACUGUGAACUCAUUGUGGGCUGCCUGAGCUGCUCCCAGGAGAGCCCUGUGCAGAGCAUUUCCUAUGGACAAACAAAGGAGUUUAAUUGUGAACACUGCCACAGCAAACUCAGUAUCUUGGCUGAAAGUACAAUGUUCCAGUAUAUUCAGCCACGUGCCAAUAAAACAGGUUCAAGUACUGUUAAUUUCAAGACGAUAAGAGACCCUGCUGUGCAAAAGGGAAAGCCACUGCCAGAAAAAGGAACAUGCAGACAUUACAAACAGAGCCAUCGCUGGCUAAGGUUCCCCUGCUGUGGCCGGGCUUACCCCUGCGAUGCAUGCCAUGAUGAGGACCAGGACCACCCCAUGGAGCUCGCCACCAGGAUGAUCUGUGGCUUCUGUGCCAAAGAACAGCCGUACGGCAAUGGAAAGCCAUGCAUGAGCUGUGGGAGCAUGAUGACACGAGGCACACGCACCAGCCACUGGGAGGGAGGACUGGGAUGCAGAAACAAAGUCAAAAUGAGCAGGUACAUCCACCUAAAGACAUUCAGUCCAGGCUAGUGUUAACAUCACCGAAGAAAAUAUAAUGGUAAUAGUAGAAA